GGCAAUCCAGGACAUCACAACUCAACUCAACACUGCUGCGCCAUCUCAUCCUUUAUUACAGUUAUAACGUUCUCUUAGGAGUUAUGGCGAGCAUUGGCAGACCUCAGUGCUUGAUCAUCAUCUGUCAGUAUCACCUGUUUCUGUCUUUAAUCUCUCAAGCUCAUAGUUUCUACACUCAGUGAAACGUGAAGAUGUUUAAAAGGAAGAGAGAAUUAGCUAACACUGUAAUAUUACUGUAAGAUAGGAAAUAUUACCACACGACAUGAACCAUGAGAAGUUCAGUCGACUUCUAUCACUCUUUACUGAUGAGGGUACAAAUUAUUAUUAUUAUUAUUAUAAUUACAUUUAUGGUAUUUGGCAGACGCUGUUAUCCAGAGUGAGUUACAUUUAUCUCAUUUAUAUAACUGAGGGUUAAGGGCCACGCUCAAGGGCCCAACGGUUCCAGCUUGGUGGUGCUGGGAUUUGAACUCAUGACCUUUUGAUCAGUCGUCCAGUGUCGUAACCGCUGAGCUACCACUGGCCCCUGGAAUAUUAUUAUUCCGUUUUAAUUGUUUGAUUAAUUGAUUUCCAUCAGCGUUAUGAAACGCAGAACCGUGCACAUGAAGCCGUUUCUAUCUGCAUUUGUUUUAACAGAAAAGGUUUUAAACCAGAGUACAUUUUUGAUUGGUUUAUUUAUCUUCUUGUUCGUAUUGUUAACCAUCAGAGUCGGGUUUUUAUGUUUGUUUGUUAUUUGUUUUGUUGUUUGUUUGUUUUUAAUCAGCAGAGAUUUAAACUUGAGAUCGUCGGUUUGGGAUUGUUGUUUGUUUGUUAGUUUGAGGUUUUGUUUUUUUUAGUUUCUUCUUAUUUUUGGUUUAUUGUUUUUUCACUGGUGAGUUUAUGGAGCGGUUUCAGGGUUGAAGCAGCUGGUGAAGGCCUCGGAGAUGUUGGAGAAGAUCCUGCCCAGCGUUCUGCGAGUGUUCUUGAAGACCGAUCCCGAGGCUUUCGAUUGUCUGUGUGAAGCUGGAAACAUGAGAAGAAGCAGAGUUACAGCAAAAUGACAAAAAAAACCUGCUCUUUUAGCUCAUUAUCAGGACACCUGGGGCAGGAAUGGAUAAAAACUCUAAACAUGAUCAUCACGCUCUUUAAAAAUCAUCAGCUAACAUCAUAAAUAAACAUCAUCAUUAUUAUUAUUUACAGUACAGGAUGCAGAGCGCUGAUGAAGGUCAACAAUAUGUUAUACACUAAAAAGACAUGUGGCAUAAACAUGGUCAAAACUCACAGGUUCAUUUCAGUUGUGAAGAGUUGUGGAGGUGGAAGCGGUCGGCUGGCCACCGUGUGUCAGAGGAACUUUACUUCUUCUUCCACAUCUUGGGACACUGAGAUUUGUGAAGAUAAAAAGAUAAUUCAGGAAGCAGAAAUGUGUGUGUAAGAUGAAUUACCUUAAAGAAUGUGAUUAAUUCUUUAAAUCGAGCAACUGAUAUUAAAUAAACCAUUCAAUUAUAUACAAAUGAAACCAACACAAAACUGCGACCUCAAAACCACGGGAGAACAUUUACGGGAAAAAGCCUACAUACCUUAACACCAAGUCUGAUCACGUGACCUUAUAAGAAUGAAGGGAACUCCAAGCCUCUUUUUCUUCUCCUGAUCCUCAGCUGUUGGAUGUGAGGAGCAUCCAUCACUUCCAGGAACGUUGGUGUUCCAGCCAGGUCGAUUCUGCUGAUCGGUGACGCCCAGAUGUUCACGAUUCUCCUCCACAGCAGCACGAGGAGACGAGCUGGGGGAGCUGCUGAUAUCUGAGGAGACUACUAUGUGUACUGCUGUCUAGUGUACUACUGUAUCAGAGGAGUAACACAAAGUUUACAGUGAAACAGAACAUUUAGGACAAAGUCCUUCUUCAGCAGUGCAAGCAGAGUGCUCCUGAGGCUACAGUGAAAGCAUUGCAUAUUUGAAAAUGUAUUAUAUAUAGGUCAGAUCAAAAUACAUAUCCUUGGCUUAAAAUAAUAAUAAUUGACAGAAAAUUCCACAUACAUUUACAGAAGGGGACAAAUAUGAAACCAGAAAAGGACAAUUAAGCCAAAAUAUAUAUGGAAUGAUAAAUUAUUAGUGUUAUCAUCAUUUAUGUCUAUAAUAUGUUACAUAUACACAGGAGUAUUUUUCAGUGUAUAUUCUUUAAAUUUUCUAGACAAUCUGUUCUGCACUGUGAGGUCUGGGAGGAACAGUAUUUCAUCUUUUAUGUAAUCAAGUACAGAGAAAUGACAAUAAACUGACAUCUUAAAUAGUGAAUCUGGAACUUUUUAAAACUGUUUUAUCUCCCUCUAGUGGACAGCAGAGCAACAGCACUAUUGGUAAUAAUAAUAAGAGACAGAGGAGGCUGAAGAAGAAGAAGAAGCAUACGAAAGUGCUAUGAAUGUUAUUGAGGAAAGAUGGUGUGAAGGAAGAGAAUAUAAAGAAACAAUUUAGAGAAAGGGAAAGAAAAAAGAAAGGAUAGAUGACAGAGAGUGUGUGCUAGUGUGUGAUUAUAAUGAGUGUGCGAUUACAGCAAGUGUGAGAUUAUAAAGAGUGUGUGAUUAUAGCGAGUGUGAUUAGAGAGUGUGUGAUUAUAGAGUGUGUGAUUAUAGAAUGUGUGUGAUUAUAGAGAGUGUGUGAUUAUAGCGAGUGUGUGAUUAUAGAGUGUGUGAUUAUAGAGUGUGUGAUUAUAGAGAGUGUGUGAUUAUAGAGUGUGUGAUUAUAGAGAGUGUGAGAUUAUAGAGAAUGUGUGAUUAUAGAGAGUGUGUGAUUAUAGAGUGUGUGAUUAUAGAGAGUGUGUGAUUAUAGAAUGUGAGAUUAUAGAGUGUGUGAUUAUAGAGAGUGUGUGAUUAUAGAAUGUGAGAUUAUAGAGUGUGUGAUUAUAGAGUGUGUGAUUAUAGAAUGUGAGAUUAUAGAGUGUGUGAUUAUAGAGAGUGUGUGAUUAUAGAGCGUGUGAUUAUAGAGAGUGUAUGAUUAUAGAGUGUGUGAUUAUAGAGAGUGUGUGAUUAUAGAGAGUGUGUGAUUAUAGAGAAUGUGAGAUUAUAGAGAGUGUGAUUAUAGAGUGUGUGUGAUUAUAAUGAGUGUGAGAUUAUAGAGAGUGUGUGAUUAUAGAGUGUGAUUAUAGAGAGUGUGAUUAUAGAGUGUGUGUGAUUAUAGAGUGUGUGUGAAUAUAGAGUGUGUGUGAUUAUAGAGAGUGUGUGAUUAUAGUGUGUGAUUAUAGAGAGUGUGUGAUUAUAGAGUGUGUGAUUAUAGAGUGUGUGAUUAUAGUGUGUGAUUAAAGAGAGUGUGUGAUUAUAGAGAGUGUGUGAUUAUAGAGAGUGUGUGAUUAUAGAGUGUGUGAUUAUAGAGAGUGUGUGAUUAUAGUGUGUGAUUAAAGAGAGUGUGUGAUUAUAGAGAGUGUGUGAUUAUAGAGAGUGUGUGAUUAUAGUGUGUGAUUAAAGAGAGUGUGUGAUUAUAGAGAGUGUGUGAUUAUAGAGAGUGUGUGAUUAUAGAGUGUGUGAUUAUAGAGAGUGUGUGAUUAUAGUGUGUGAUUAAAGAGAGUGUGUGAUUAUAGAGAGUGUGUGAUUAUAGAGUGUGUGAUUAUAGAGAGUGUGAUUAUAGUGUGUGAUUAAAGAGAGUGUGUGAUUAUAGAGUGUGUGAUUAUAGAGAGUGUGUGAUUUUAGUGUGUGAUUAUAGAGAGUGUGUGAUUAUAGAGAGUGUGUGAUUAUAGAGUGUGUGAUUAUAGAGAGUGUGUGAUUAUAGUGUGUGAUUAAAGAGAGUGUGUGAUUAUAGAGAGUGUGUGAUUAUAGAGUGUGUGAUUAUAGAGAGUGUGAUUAUAGUGUGUGAUUAAAGAGAGUGUGUGAUUAUAGAGUGUGUGAUUAUAGUGUGUGAUUAAAGAGAGUGUGUGAUUAUAGAGUGUGUGAUUAUAGAGUGUGAUUAUAGUGUGUGAUUAUAGAGAGUGUGUGAUUAUAGAGUGUGUGAUUAUAGUGUGUGAUUAAAGAGAGUGUGUGAUUAUAGAGUGUGUGAUUAUAGAGAGUGUGAUUAUAGUGUGUGAUUAAAGAGAGUGUGUGAUUAUAGAGUGUGUGAUUAUAGUGUGUGAUUAAAGAGAGUGUGUGAUUAUAGAGUGUGUGAUUAUAGAGUGUGUGAUUAUAGAGAGUGUGUGGUUAUAGAGAGUGUGUGAUUAUAGAGUGUGUGAUUAUAGUGUGUGAUUAAAGAGAGUGUGUGAUUAUAGAGAGUGUGUGAUUAUAGAGUGUGUGAUUAUAGUGUGUGAUUAAAGAGAGUGUGUGAUUAAAGAGAGUGUGUGAUUAUAGAGUGUGUGAUUAUAGAGAGUGUGUGGUUAUAGAGAGUGUGUGAUUAUAGAGUGUGUGAUUAUAGUGUGUGAUUAAAGAGAGUGUGUGAUUAUAGAGAGUGUGUGAUUAUAGAGUGUGUGAUUAUAGAGUGUGUGAUUAUAGUGUGUGAUUAAAGAGAGUGUGUGAUUAUAGAGUGUGUGAUUAUAGAGAGUGUGAUUAUAGUGUGUGAUUAAAGAGAGUGUGUGAUUAUAGAGUGUGUGAUUAUAGUGUGUGAUUAAAGAGAGUGUGUGAUUAUAGUGUGUGAUUAAAGAGAGUGUGUGAUUAUAGAGAGUGUGUGAUUAUAGAGUGUGUGAUUAUAGUGUGUGAUUAAAGAGAGUGUGUGAUUAUAGAGUGUGUGAUUAUAGAGAGUGUGUGGUUAUAGAGAGUGUGUGAUUAUAGAGUGUGUGAUUAUAGUGUGUGAUUAAAGAGAGUGUGUGAUUAUAGAGAGUGUGUGAUUAUAGAGUGUGUGAUUAUAGAGUGUGUGAUUAUAGUGUGUGAUUAAAGAGAGUGUGUGAUUAUAGAGUGUGUGAUUAUAGAGAGUGUGUGAUUAUAGAGUGUGUGAUUAUAGUGUGUGAUUAUAGAGAGUGUGUGAUUAUAGAGAGUGUGUGAUUAUAGAGUGUGUGAUUAAAGAGAGUGUGUGAUUAUAGAGAGUGUGUGAUUAUAGUGUGUGAUUAUAGAGUGUGUGAUUAUAGUGUGUGAUUAUAGAGAGUGUGUGAUUAUAGAGUGUGUGAUUAUAGAGAGUGUGUGAUUAUAGAGAGUGUGUGAUUAUAGAGUGUGUGAUUAUAGAGUGUGUGAUUAUAGUGUGUGAUUAAAGAGAGUGUGUGAUUAUAGAGUGUGUGAUUAUAGAGAGUGUGAUUAUAGUGUGUGAUUAAAGAGAGUGUGUGAUUAUAGAGUGUGUGAUUAUAGUGUGUGAUUAAAGAGAGUGUGUGAUUAUAGAGUGUGUGAUUAUAGAGUGUGUGAUUAUAGAGUGUGUGAUUAUAGAGAGUGUGUGGUUAUAGAGAGUGUGUGAUUAUAGAGUGUGUGAUUAUAGUGUGUGAUUAAAGAGAGUGUGAUUAUAGAGAGUGUGUGAUUAUAGAGUGUGUGAUUAUAGUGUGUGAUUAAAGAGAGUGUGUGAUUAAAGAGAGUGUGUGAUUAUAGAGUGUGUGAUUAUAGAGAGUGUGUGGUUAUAGAGAGUGUGUGAUUAUAGAGUGUGUGAUUAUAGUGUGUGAUUAAAGAGAGUGUGUGAUUAUAGAGAGUGUGAUUAUAGAGUGUGUGAUUAUAGUGUGUGAUUAAAGAGAGUGUGUGAUUAUAGAGUGUGUGAUUAUAGAGUGUGUGAUUAUAGAGAGUGUGUGAUUAUAGUGUGUGAUUAAAGAGAGUGUGUGAUUAUAGAGUGUGUGAUUAUAGAGUGUGUGAUUAUAGUGUGUGAUUAAAGAGAGUGUGUGAUUAUAGAGUGUGUGAUUAUAGAGUGUGUGAUUAUAGAGAGUGUGUGAUUAUAGAGAGUGUGUGAUUAUAGAGUGUGUGAUUAAAGAGAGUGUGUGAUUAUAGAGUGUGUGAUUAUAGAGUGUGUGAUUAUAGAGAGUGUGUGAUUAUAGAGUGUGUGAUUAUAGUGUGUGAUUAUAGAGAGUGUGUGAUUAUAGAGAGUGUGUGAUUAUAGAGUGUGUGAUUAAAGAGAGUGUGUGAUUAUAGAGAGUGUGUGAUUAUAGUGUGUGAUUAUAGAGUGUGUGAUUAUAGUGUGUGAUUAUAGAGAGUGUGUGAUUAUAGAGUGUGUGAUUAUAGUGUGUGAUUAAAGAGAGUGUGUGAUUAUAGAGAGUGUGUGAUUAUAGAGUGUGUGAUUAUAGAGAGUGUGUGAUUAUAGAGUGUGUGAUUAUAGUGUGUGAUUAAAGAGAGUGUGUGAUUAUAGAGAGUGUGUGAUUAUAGAGUGUGUGAUUAAAGAGAGUGUGUGAUUAUAGAGUGUGUGAUUAUAGAGAGUGUGUGAUUAUAGAGUGUGUGAUUAUAGAGUGUGUGAUUAUAGAGUGUGAUUAUAUUUCUGCAUGUUAAUGAUAAACGUAAUUGUUCUUACUAAUAAUAUUACUUUCGUUUUUAAAUGAAAAAUGUUUAUGUGAAGUUUGUGAAGUGUGUGUGUGCAUGUGGUGUGUGUGUGUGUGUGUGUGUGUGUGUGUGUUGUAUUGUGUGUAUUCUUGUACUGUAUUGUGUGAUUUUGUUUUGCUGAACUCUUGGCAACAGAUGCGAUGCCUGAAAUAACUGUGGCGUUACAACAGAGCUGAUAUAGCAACUGAUUUGUCUUCGGGAUGUGUGUGUGUGUGUGUGUGUGUGUGUGUGUGUGUGAGACAGGAGCUACUGUUAGUCUCUGUACUGCCACACUGUAUGUAGGAGCUGAAACUACAGAGAAGAUCUGUGUUUGUGUUUUUGUUGUUGUGGAUAUUAGUUGUGUAUAUUAUAUUAGUGUUUGUUAGGUGUGUUUGUGUAAAAUGUCAGCGCUGAACGCUUCCGCAGGUACGGCUGUGUUUGUCUUGUCUCUUUUAUCUGUGCCUUUGUGCUACAGCUUUAAUCACCUCAUCACGACGCGAAGUAUUGAGACUGUCCUUAUGGCUGCUGCAUCAGUUGUAGUCAUCUUAUCCCAUUCGGCUCGAGUUUUUCUGAACCGGAAAGCUCCGACUGACCCCCUGUUCUACGUCUAUGCUCUGUAUGCAUUACUGAGUGUAGUGAACCUCAUAAUAGGCCUCGAGCAGGAUGGCAUCAUCGACGGGUUCAUGACCUUUUACCUAAAACAGGCAAAUCCUCACAUUAACACUGCACACUGUCACAUGAUCUCAUACUGGGACGGCUGCGCUCACUAUCUGAUGUACCUGCUGAUGGUGGCUGCAAUAACGUGGGGGGAAAGUUACCGAGUGAUCGGCUUGUACUGGGUCGGUUCCUUCCUGAUGCAAAUGAUUGUUUACAUUCCAGGCAGUGUGGUGGGUAAAUAUGGCACUCAGCUGAACACUCUGUUUCUUCUCCACCUGCUCUAUGUGUGUGUCUCUGUGUGGGCCUGUUUUAGAGUGUUCAACCAGCCUACAACACGAGAACUACCAACAAAUGUUCAGUGUGAACAGAUGAAGUCGCUGUUCCAGAGACCUGUGGAUUUGUUCUUCGUGCUCAGCCUCAUCGUAGACAUGGUCUUCUCGGUUCUCAGAGGCCUGGUGGUGCUGGACUGUCCUGCAGAUUGGUGUCAUGAUUAUGUGCUAAAUUAUGAACCAUACCUCAAAGACCCCUCAGCAUAUCCAGCUGUACAGAUGUUAGUGAACAUGCUCUAUUCCACUCCGUGUGUUAUAAUGAUGAUGUAUGGACUGUGUGUUCCGGGCUGUGAUUGGCUGCCAGAUCUGAGUCUGGUGCACGCUGGGGCCAUGGCUCAGGCUCAGUUCUGUCACACUGGAGCGUCACUACACACUCGGACUCCCGUCACAUACCGCAUUCCAAGCGAGAGACUGCUCUUCUUCUUCACCUUCAACCUGUUCUAUGCUUUAGUGCCUCAGGCGCUCAGUUACCGCUGCAUCAGCCGUCCUGCCUUCUUCAUCAGCAAAACCCAGCAUAGCCGAACUGACUGACCCUCCCUACAGCGCCCCCUCGGGACCGACCCUCCCUACAGCGCCCGUUCGGGACCGACCCUCCCUACAGCGCCCGCUCGGGACCGACCCUCCCUACAGCGCCCGCUCGGGCCUGACCCUCCCUACAGCGCCCCCUUGGGACCGAACCUCUCUACAGCACCCCCCUCGGGACUGACCCUCUCUCCACCGCCCCCUCGGGACCGACCGACCCUCCCUACGGCUCCCCCUCGGGACCGACCGACCGUCCCUUCCUACGGCUCCCCCUCGGGACCGACCCUCCCUACGGCUC